GGUACUGCAGCAGUCGCGGUUUAUGUGUGAUCACGUGCGCUUCAACAAGUCAAAGCGAUCUGGGCAGAGAUCUCGGACAUUUGCAUUAUGAUCACCAGGAAGGGCAGGACGAUGAAGCGUAAGAGAAACCCACUGCUGGACCUAGCAGACUCGGUAGAAGGGGGCGGAGGAACCUCUUCGCCAUCCGACGAGACAGAGGACAGCAACAAUGAAGGCCCCUCGUCGCGGUCGGGCAAGGCUUCUGCUUCCAACCCGUCAAGGGGCGAAGUAUUCCCUGCCCAUCUGGCACUUCCAGCCCUUCCAGCUUCGCUAGAAACACACUCUCACGAGGAACUUGUUGGAUUUAUUCGUCGUUAUCAUUCCCUUCUCAAACACCGCACAUCCCGCCUGUCAGCACUCGAUUCCCAUCUCCAUUGUGCUAUAUGCACUUCAUAUUUUGUUGGUCCGUACAACUUGGAAUGCGGCCACAUUUUCUGCUACCAUUGCAUUCUAGCGUGGUUCAACAACUUGGAGCAGAAUAGCAGGCCUAAAAAGUGUCCGACCUGUAGAGCAGACACUACUUGUCGGCCCCAAUAUGAGAGAACAGUUUCUAGAUUGGUGGAAGAUUAUCUGACGGUAGUGAAUGACGAAGAGAGUAGAACUAUCCUUCAAAACAUCAACGAAUUGCGAGAUAGUCAUGCAGCUCUUACUAAUCACCCGUUUCAUGAGCACUUUCCAAACGAUUUUGGAGAUCGUAUUCUCCCAGAUGUCGACGAUGGCGUCGUACGCUGUUCUCGGUGCAACUGGGAAGUCCUUAACGGAACAUGUCAAGGGUGCGGGAAUGUGUAUCGUGAUGCCCGGGAUUCCGAAGAAUCCGAGGAGGAGGUAGACUACUUUGACGAGCCGGGCUGGUCAGAUUCAGAAUCUGAUCUAUCCUUCGUUGUUGAUGAUGGCGAUGGACCGGAAUUGGGUGGAGGUCCCUACUUUUCAGAUGAUUACGAAGGGUAUUCAGGGUGGUAUGACGAAAGCGAUUUUUACGACAGUGAUUACGGCCUUGAUUACGACAGUAAUUACGGCCUCUCCGAUCUGGAUGACAUGUUGGAUGGGCUUUCGGACACCGAUAUGUUGGGAGGGGACGAUGGAUACCCAUGGCAUGAUGAAGACAGUAUUUCGCCGGAUGAUGACGACUAUAUGCGCCGUCAUCCCAUUAACAACCGCCAUUAUGAUGACAGCGAUUGCAGCGGCUCUAGCUUCGAUCGGAUGUUUGGGGAUUCCCCGGACGCGGAUUCGUCGGGACGUGACCGCAAGGAUGCUAACGUUGGUAGAAUACCUCCCACCAGAAAUUCUCCGCCGAUGUCAUCCUCGGACUCCGAGUACUUCACAGGAUGUGACGAUCAAAGUCAGGAUGAAGGAUUUGAAGUUAAUCCCAUAGGAAGACGUCGCAGUGGACGUCCUCUUCCAAUAUCGGACUCGGAAUCUGACGACGAAAACCAGGAGCGAGAACUUGACCACGAUCAUACUGAUCAGAGCCGUGAUGUGCGUAGGCAUCGCAAGGUAUCAGGCGGCUCAUCUGACGAUAAUGACGCGUCGCCGGUGAUCAGAAAUGAGGAAGAAAACGAAGAUUCGGAGGAGAACGAGAAGCAUUGUACUGUAUCAGGAGGCUUGUCUGACGAUGAUGAUCCGUGCCCAGUAAUCAAAAAGGAGGAAAAGAGCCGAAGUCCGGUGAAGGACGAGAAGCUUCGUCGUUCAGUAAGGCUGGACCACACUUCCAAUCGUAAAGGAAAGCAAGUCGCUUCUACUGCGAACAAGAAAGUUGAUACAGAAUCGCAGCUUGAUCAGCGACGUCGUUCAGUAAGGCUGGACCGCACUUCCAAUCGUAAAGGAAAGCAAGUCGCUUCUAAUGCGAACAAGAAAGUUGAAACAGAACCACAGUUUGAUUGUAAAGAGGAAGUGGAUGUACCAGGAACAUCCGAAGCACAUCGGCAGCGCAACGGCAAAAAGUCGCAAAAGACUUCUGAUGUGAACAAGAAAGUUGAAACAGAACCGCAAUUUGAUUGUAAAGAGGAAGUGGAUAUACCAGGAACAUCCAAAGCACAUCGGCAGCGCAACGACAAAAAGUCGCAAAAGAAGCGAAAGUUGCAUGAUAUCUCUAAUGCCGAAGUUAGACUGGCGGAGGUGGGAGCUAAGAAAGGAACGGAAUCUUCGCGGCCUGCAGUAGACCCUGAGAGGAAGAAGCGAAAGAAGAGACAGAAGAGCAAGCCGAAUUCAAAUUGA